AUGUCGAGCCACGUCCAACAUCCAUAUGCUCGCCGAAAUUCAGCCGCUUCUCCUUACUCGAUCCCAGCUAAUCAUAACCACAGACCUCAUCUCCCUCUGAGCCACCAUGGUCCCAGCGGGCACGCUCACGACCAUCUCCACAGCCAAAUGCAUGCUCAUUCGUAUAGUACCAAGAGUCCUAGCAGACUAUCACAAUCAGGGCCUUCUGUCUCAAGAGGCUUUGCUGCUAGACGUAUAUCGGAAGGUGAAUCGGGACGAAUGAAGCUGCAACUCAACUGUGAAGAGUGUGGAAAGGGCUACAAGCAUGUCUCUUCGUUAGCAAAGCAUCUCUGGGAACAUACACCCGAGUGGAAGAUGACCAAGAAGUUCGUCAUGUCGAAACAUCAGCAGGUCCAAUUACUAGAAGCUGCGUCGAUCUUGGUCGGCAUGAACGAUCCUGUGCCCGAAGACGGCGUGCUGGAGCCCUCCAGUUUAAGAAUGCAAAGAAGAUUAUCACAAAGGGCAUUUCUGCCACAGCAAGACUCUCUUCGGUUCAACGAUUCUUUCGGCAGCUCGAACGGGUUUGAAGUCGAACAACGCUCGCACUCUAUUCUGGACAGAUCCUCGUCUAUUUCGGGUCACCCACCGCUGGCGGUCGAGAUCUCCAGGCUUUAUCCAGGCCAUGUUGGAGGUUACAUCGAUGUACCUAGUCGAGAGCACAUUGUGCGUAGAAGAGAAAGCGAAGUGAAGGAGGAGGAUGAAGAGAACGAGGCCGAGUCUGACGAGGAGAUCAUUGGCAAGAUGGAGUAA